AACAACAUGGACCACACGCCACUUGAACCAAUUGCCAUAAUCGGAGCUGGAUGUCGCUUCCCUGGGAAUGCAGACUGCCCAUCCCGGCUGUGGAGUCUGCUGAAAAAUCCCACCGAUCUGUCCAAACGCAUACCAGACGACCGUUUCAAUCCGACAACCUUUUUCAACGAAGAUGGAGAACAUCAUGGUGCGUCUAAUGUGGACAAGGGCUACUUCUUAGAAGAGGACAUUCGCCGGUUCGAUGCUUCCUUCUUCAACAUCGCACCCAAGGAAGCCGAGACCAUUGAUCCCCAGCACCGCAUCUUACUGGAAACCGUAUAUGAAGGCUUGGACGAUGCAGGUCUUUCGAUGCACAAAUUGCAAGGUAGCAAUACGUCCGUCUAUGUUGGCUGUAUGACCAUGGACUAUUAUGACAUGCAGUACCGGGACCCACAGCUUUCUUCUCAAUACGUUGCCACUGGAACAGCAACCUCAAUCCUUUCGAAUCGCGUCUCGUACUUCUAUAACUGGAGCGGCCCUUCAAUGACCAUUGAUACGGCCUGUUCUUCGUCUUUAGUGGCGGUUCAUCUCGCUGUGCAGUCCCUCAGAUCUGGGGAAAGCUCGCUCGCCUGUGCUGCAGGUGCUAACUUGAUUCUCGGACCAGGACGGUUCAUCGCUCAGUCCAGUCUACACAUGCUUUCACCUACAGGGAAAUCACGGAUGUGGGACGUAGGAGCUGAUGGUUACGCUAGGGGGGAAGGAAUCGCGUGUGUCAUCAUGAAGAAACUGAGUGAUGCUAUAGCAGACGGCGACCACAUUGAUGGCAUCAUUAGGGAAACAGGGGUCAACUCUGACGGAAGAUCGAAGGGCAUUACUAUGCCGUCUUCGGCUGCGCAGGCGCAAUUGAUACGAGACACAUAUGCCCGCGUAGGACUAGACCCGUAUAGCCAGAAGGACCGACCACAAGUUUUCGAAGCACAUGGAACGGGUACACAAGCUGGAGAUCCCCGUGAAGCUAAUGCUAUCUCAUCAUCUUUCUUCUCUGAGGACAGCGGAAAUGCAGAAACUACAAAGUUAUUGGUUGGAUCAGUGAAAACUAUAAUAGGCCAUACCGAAGGUGCUGCUGGACUUGCUGGUGUCAUCAAAAUGCUGGUUGCCAUGAAGCACCGCACUGUCCCACCCAAUCAACAUCUAGUGACGCUGAACCCCAGCGUGAAACCAUUUUACGACAAUCUACUCAUCCCAACAUCAUGCAUGCCUUGGCCAGAUACUCAUGGAGGACCUAUGCGCGCUAGCGUCAAUAGCUUCGGUUUCGGAGGAACGAACGCUCACGCAAUUAUAGAGAGCUUUUCUACAUCUCGUACAGACCUUGCACGUUGGAUGCCCUCACCUAAGAUCUCAAAGUCGACAAAAUCCCUCGAUCUCGCUCCACCUGUGGCAGGUACUUCACUCCUUAUGACAGCCAUGACGGAAAAGGCAUUACGUGCGAAUGCAAAAGAUCUGCUGGCUGUUCUCCAAGCGUGUGAUGAUAACGAAUUUAAGCAAAUACUUUGGACGCUGCGCCAUCGUCGCUCUCAUCUGCCGGUACGGGCCAGUAUAUCCGGGGUAGACCGAGAGCAGAUCACACUCGCGCUUGAGCGACGGCUUGGGCAGGGAGGCUCCAAAACCGAGUUCGGAGUUCGUAGCAAGAACCUUUCGCGAUCUUCAGCAAAGAUACUUGGUGUUUUUACUGGUCAGGGUGCCCAAUGGGCGACGAUGGCGAGAUCGCUCAUGUCUAGUCCAGCGUUCGCCAAUACCUUGCAACAAUUGCAGAAGCAUCUCGACGCCCUGCCGGACCCACCUUCAUGGUCAAUCGUCGAAGAGCUUCAAGCCAGUGCCUCCGUUUCUCGUCUCAAUGAAGCUGCAUUGUCUCAGCCACUAUGUACCUGCAUUCAGAUUGCAAUGGUGGAAAUGCUUUGGCAGAGCGGAGUGCGGUUCUACGCCGUUGUCGGACAUUCCUCCGGUGAGAUCGGAGCUGCCUAUGCAGCAGGGCUACUAUCAGCGCGGGAUGCAGUUUGCAUAGCCUACUAUCGCGGCGUACAUGCUAAAUUAGCCCAGGGUUCCAAAGGAAAUUCUGGGGGGAUGCUGGCUAUUGGCCUAGGCAAAGAAGAUGCAGAGGCGUUCUGCGAAAAACCGCAAUAUCAAGGCCGCAUUGCUCUUGCAGCUAGCAACUCUUCGACGUCAACAACACUUUCGGGAGACCUCGACGCCAUUCAAGAGGCCGUUCAGGACUGUAGCGCCCAGGGCCUGUUCGCACGUCAGCUCAAGGUCGACACUGCAUACCACUCGGCGCACAUGUACCCAUGUUCAGAACCAUAUCUUAGCUCGCUCGAGGCAUGUGGGGUAGAGCCAUUGCCUAUGCCGAAUGCUUCAUCACCACGAUGGUUUUCCAGUGUUACAGGCAUGUCUGCUCCCAUUACUGGGCCUGUUCUUUCCGGACCUUACUGGCGAGACAACAUGUGCCAACCUGUAUUAUUUGCUGAAGCUAUGUCGAAUGCUUGCAUCGAGACCGGUCCAUUUGAUCUGGUCAUGGAAGUUGGUCCGCACCCUGCACUGAAGGGCCCUGCCUUACAAUCAAUCAAGUCGCAGUUCGGCUCUAACCACCCAUAUACUGGAACUCUAGACCGUACCAAAGAUGAUGUCAUUGCCUUUGGUGAAGCUCUCAGUUUCGUUUGGGCCCAUCUCGGCGGAGAUACGGUGAACAUUCAAAGUACGGAUUCACUUUUCGGGGACGCAGAAUCACACGUCGGUCUCAUCAAAGGACUGCCUUCGUACAAUUGGGACCACUCGCAGUCCUACUGGCGAGCUUACCGUGUGAAUCGACAAUUUCUCAACCGACCGCGGAAGCCGCACGAGCUUCUCGGAAUCCGUACUAGUGAUGAUACCGACAACGAAAUGAGAUGGCGCAAUAUUCUCAAACCCGACGAGAUUGAGUGGUUAGAUGGACACAGAUUCCAAGGCCAGAUUAUUGUACCGGCUGCAGCAUACUGCAUCAUGGCCUUUGAAGCCGCCAAGAUCAUGGUUGGUACUGAGGCUUAUCAGUUGGUGGAACUGCAAGACGUGAACAUUGCAAGCGCCAUUACCAUGAGGGACGACUCACCCGGCGUUGAAGUUAUCUUCACCCUUACCCAACAGACAACAUCGCUCUCCUCUGAUGGAUCAAUGGACGCUGAAUUCGUACUUCAAUCAGGUCCAGUUGACAGCGACCGACCUUUGAAGAGCAAUGUAUCUGGACGACUGAAAAUAUUUCUUGGGCCACCAGACGCUCUCACACUCCCGAGUCACCAAGCAGAAGAAGAACAGCUUCGAUCGGUCGAUGUUGAUGAGUUCUACGAUUACAUGCGAGACUUAGGUCUUUCUUAUACUGGUCCGUUUCGAAGUAUCACACAAGCUCGGAGGCGCUAUCGCAGGGCUCACGCGAACAUGCCAAGACGUAGCCCUGAAGACACAAGUAACUUACCUGUCAGUCCUGCUCUUCUGGACUCUUGUCUCCAAGCCGGCUUUAUAGCCUACUCUGCACCUGGUGACGAAGCACUCUGGACCUCAUUUCUACCCAAGUCUAUCAAAUCAGUCAAGUUCAACUCCUUUUGCUGUGAGAACCUGGCUGGAUUCUCUGACAACAGCAACCUUGACGUCGAGGCGUAUGUUACCAAGUUCGAGGCCACAAAUCGCAGGGAAGCUGCUCGGAUGACGAGUGAUAUUGAGAUAUUUAAUGAGAAGGGUCACAUGGAGUUCCUCAUGGAGGGGGUUGUUGUCGCGUCUUUCUCGAAAGGCAGUGAGGCAGACGAUCGCGAGCUAUUUCUCAAGACCGUGUGGCAAUCGGACGCCUUGAACGAUCUGGUGGACACGAAACCAUACAAUUCAACGCAACAUGCCCAGAUAGUAGCCCUGGAGAGUAUGUCGAACUCUCUCUUGAAGAAUAUUCGAUCUCGCGUUAUCACCGCUGAUACUCCGACGGUUGCUCAGUUGCUAUCAACAUUGGCAGCAAAGAUUGAUGCAGCGUCUUCUAACAAGGUCCAAGACGCUGAAGCUCUUUUGAAAUCGCUUCCAGAUCAAACAGUUCUCAGCAUCAUUGGACAUAAUCUACCAACUCUUUGGCGGAGCGGUAUCAAUCUCGCUCAGUCAGAGAUUGACGCCGAAUUGCUGCGACAUUACUUCGACAAUGGUAUUGCAAGUAAAUGGGCUUUAUCUCACACUCAAAGUACUCUGGAGCACAUUGUGCACAGGUAUUCUCGAAUAAACAUCCUCGAAAUCAGCAACGGAUAUGGCGCAUACGCCGGUAUUAUUCCCAAUCAGUUAGGUCGCUCGUUUGGGACAUACACGGCAUGCGGGCCAAACAUGCAGAGUCUUGCUCACAUCCCAAUCGAUGACCCACGUGUGUCGUGCCGCGCUUUUACGUUUGAUGAAGCCUUUGCUGAGCAAGGCUUGCGCGAAAACUUUUAUGAUGUGGUCAUUCUCAACAACUUCCUUCAUGCCGCUGCCUCACCGGAUCUCGCGCUCCGUGGAUUGCGCGAGUUGAUAAAGCCUGGAGGCUAUCUCAUUCUUACGGAACCAACGAGUACAUUAGCGUAUCCUACAGUAAUUGCUUGUGGUCUAUCAGGCCUGUGGCCAGAUGAAAGCAUUCAGAAUCGGUUUGGUCGAGAUGUCUCCAUAUCAAACUUGGACAAACAGCUCGUCGGCGCAUCAUUUUCCGGCAUUUCUCACAUUAAUUUUGAUACUGGUGAUAGAAAAACGCACCUUUCCUCCCUCAUCGUAUCCCAAGCAAUGGACGAGGUGACCGAGAAGUUACAGGAUCCAUUAGCCUUCCGAAGCUAUGAAACAUCACAAGGCGCUCUGCUUAUCGUAGGAGGCAGUCAAAUCGACACUGCGAAGCUGACGCGAAAGAUCACCUCCGUUCUACAAUUUUGGGACGCUGGAAUUAUUCAAGUUGAUACUUUUGAAGAACUGGACCCGGAACUUCUUCAAAAUGUUGAUAUUGCUUUGAUUCUUGCCGAUCUCGAUUCCAAUGUCCUUGAAGAUAUGAGCGAACAAAGGCUUUCGAUUAUGCAAUAUCUUUUCAACGACGUGAAUACCGUUCUGUGGAUUACUUCGGGCGCCAAUGACUCAAAUCCCUACCAUUCUGCGACCAUUGGCCUUGGCCGCGCCGUCUGGGGUGAACAGGCUGAAUUGCGACUACAGUUCCUGGAUAUUGAUCACCCCGCAGAAAACUCGAUUCUUAUCGCAGAAGCACUUCUACGACUCAAGAUUAGCGGUUCAGAUGAGUUUGACCUCGCAAACCCGCUUUGGACAACGGAGAGAGAGCUUGUUUUCCAAGACGGGAGGCUACUGCUUCCCCGCGUAUUCCCAGAUGAUGAUAGGAAUAAACGACUCAAUUCGCAGCGCAGAGUCAUCCGCACGGCCAAGGAUCUAGAAAGAAAUGUGGUCGAGCUAAGAUACACGGUAGAUGGUCUCCUGAUGCCCCAUCAGGGCCCUUUGGUAUCCUUACGAACGACAGUCCCAACAGAUCUUGUUUUCAUCCGGAUUCAAUUUAGUUCCAGCAUUCCUGUCAAUCUCUAUGACGUGGGUAGACUUUGGCUGGUGAGUGGGACGAACGUAGUAUCUGGAGAAGCACUCGUAGCCCUUGUUACCCAAAAUGCGUCCGUCGUCAACGCUCCAAAGAAACUAGUACGCCCCAUUGCGGCCGAGUCUAGCAGCACAUCGCUGGCCCAGGUCAUGCUAUUCCUCUUGGCUAAGACCUUUACCUCUGGCAUUGCGCUAUACCAACCCGACGAGCAAACGGCUCGCUUAUUUAGUGACCUUUCUCGGAAUUGGGGCGUUCCUGUGCUCAAACUAACCAGUUCGCGAGCCGCCGCCGCCGCGGACAAGUCGUGGGUAUAUUUGAAUGUAAGGAUGGCUACAGCGCGGUCAGUGGAAAAGACGUUGAAGAGUAUUGAACACAUUCUCGAUUUUAGUGGCGACUUGGCCACAUCGAACUUUCAAGCUCAGCUAGGUGGCACUAUCAAAGUCCAACACAUCUCCAGUUUCGUUCUAGAUCCACGCACGACACCCGACGUGGUUUUGAAGCAGGCAGUGGACACAAAAUGUGCAGGGGCAAUUGCACCAAGCAGCAUUACAGCCACGGACAUCCAAAAUUUGGACGUGAACUUCCAACCCGAUCCUUUUGCUAUGCUAGACUGGUCCAAGGCCGAUUCUAUCGACGUGGAUGUACAAGCUGUAGGGCUGCAGUUGUCUUUCCCUCCUAACAAAAGCUACCUGCUGGUCGGCUUGACUGGCGAACUAGGCGAGUCUAUUGCCAGAUACAUGUUCCAGCACGGCGCAAAACAUUUCACCAUCUCGAGUCGCAAACCAAGUCAAGGCAUCGCUUGGGUGCAAGAUCUCAAUGAACAAGGAGCCUGUAUUCAGAUCCGGGCCAUGGACGUCUCUGUCCUCGCUGACGUCGAGCGCAUUCGCGAUGAGAUGCUCAGUACCAACAUACCCAUUGGCGGUGUAAUCAACGGCGCCAUGGUCCUCUCUGAUGGCCUUUUCGAGAGCAUGUCGCUUGAAAGCUUUCAAACUGCAAUGCGUCCCAAGGUCGAGGGUUCCGCUAUUCUAGACCAAGUAUUCAACAUGCCCGACCUCGACCUCUUCAUCUUCCUCUCUUCACUGUCCUGUAUCGUCGGCAAUCCAGGCCAGUCCAACUAUGCGGCCGCGAAUAUGUACAUGGUUGGACUGGCCGCGCACAGACGUAAACGCAACCUUGCGGCUAGCUGCCUCGAUAUCGGCAUGAUGAUGGGUAUUGGCUUUGUGCGACGCUCCGGCCAAGAAGCUACCAUCUACGGGAAUCUCAAACGUCAAGGAUAUCACGUAGAAUCUGAAAUCGACUUCCUCGAGUCGUUUGCGGAAGCUGUUCUCGCAAGCAAAGACGGCGACCCACACAUCAUCACCGGGCUGGGCAGAGUGCCACUGGACCCUUCCAAACGUUACAAGUGGUACUCCGAGCCCAAGUUCUCCCAUCAUCGUUUAGAUCAGGUCGUGGAACUAUCGGAGAAUGCGCUCGUAGCUACGGAAAGUAUUAUGCAGCAAAUUCGUACAGCCGGUACCACGGAAGAAGCUACAGCUGUCACUAGCACUGCUAUGGCGGCUCAGAUCGAGACCAUGCUUGGUCUCGGGGCCGAUAGCUUGGACGUGACUAUGCCUCUUAUCGAACUAGGCCUCGACUCCCUGGUAGCCGUCGAAUUGCGAUCAUGGGUAUUCAAGGAAACGGGCCAAGACUUACCUGUCCUGGAAAUCAUGGGCGAUGGUUCUGUCGCGACCAUCUCCGCGAAGCUGGCACUUGCUGCUCGGGCUGCUAUGAAUCAAGCACCAGACGCAAGCAAUCUCGUCGUCGAGGCGCCGAAAGCAGCAGCACCUGUUGAAUCUGCCACAAAGCCGAUUAUAACGCAGCAAGCGCCUUCUCCUGCGGAACUGACCACGAGCUCGUCUCGUUCUAGUUCUUCACUCGACCACCUUACAAGCUUGAAUACAUCGACGCCCGCUAGCGAUCAAGGAACUACAAUCUCCGAGCCUGAUAUCGUAGUCGUUGGAGACAUUGGCACGAAAGCUCCUCAGCAGCGUCAGGAUAGACAAGAACACUGGCACGAGCUCCUCUCCGACACCGUCGAAGACAUCUCCCUAGCUCAACGGCGGUUUUUCCAACAAGGCGACAUAGAUGGAACGACAACCGACCACAACGUCACCAUCACAUACCGCUUGAACGGGAAAAUCAGCCCAGCACGUCUAGAAAGAGCCAUUGGCCUCACCGUCGCCCGGCACUCUAUCUUCCGCUCAUCAUUCUACCUCGAUAGCAAUAGUGGAGAGAAAUGCGGCCAACAGGCCAUCGGCCACCACUCUCGCUUCUGGCUCUCACACUCACAAUGUCCCGACGAAAAAGAAGAAAUCCAAUGCCGGAUUCGCGCUUGUUCUACCCGCCCUUUUGCGAUCGCGAGUGGUGAGACGUUCCGCGCGGAAUUAUUGUAUCACGGUGGUGGUAGUGAGAAUUACACGUUGAUCUUUGUGUAUCACAACAUCAUCAUGGACGGCAUGAGCUGGGGUGUCUUCAUCGACGAUGUAACGAGCUACUACAGCAACCUCGAUCUCCAAAAACCACAGACCAGUCAAUUCGUAGGCGCCGUGCUGUCGCAAACUCAGUGGUUGGCGGGCGAAGAAGCGCAGCGGCGUCGGGGGUACUGGAAACAGGAACUAGAAGGUUUCGCUCGAACGAGCGUGCCGUUACUCCCCAUGGCCAGAGUAAACCACCGCGAUGACGUUGCGCAUGCUCCUGGUAUGUUGGAACGUUCCAUGUACGCAGACAAGCACGUGGCUGCCGCAGUCAAGCAAUGCGCUAGUCAGUGCAGAGUCUCGUCGUUCCAUCUCCACGCCGCCGUCAUGCAGACCAUCAUGUUCUUACUCGAAACCGACGACUUCACACUGGGUAUCAUGGAUGCGGGACGGGCGGAUAUGGCGCAUGUGGGGACCGUCGGGCUGUUUACAGAUUACCUCCCUCUCCGCUUCGCGCGGGAUACUACGACCCCUUUCCGGAGCGUACUUGCGAAUACCAAGGCAAAGGUUUUCACGGCGCUGGGAAAUGUCUUGCCACUUGAUAUCAUCAAGGAAAUCGUAUCCAACGCGCCCGAAGACGGCAACAAGGAAGAGCCCCCGCUGUUCCAGGUCGUCCUCAAUUACCGCCUCGGUGCCCUUCGUCCCGCCGCUCUCAACGGCGUGGCUCUGGAACUCGACACACUAGAAGAAUCAAAGUUGUCCUUCGACUUGAUGGUGACGAUUGAUGAGGAUGCUCAGGAGGAUAAACUCGGGUUGACGCUCGCGAUGAGGGAUUAUAUGUUUGGGGAGGAGGCGGUGGAGUGGUUUAUGAGGCUUUAUUUGGGUUUGUUAGAGUGCUAUGCGAGGGACCCGGAUUUGAGUGCAAAGGAAGCGCUGGGGAGUGUGAAUGUGGGUGUGGAAAGGGAGGAUUGA